AUGGAGAGAGAGAGAAGAAAUGACAAGUUCUUUUCCAGAAAGAGAAGUUUCACUUUUGGGGCAUAUGGAGGGGUGGACAGGUUCAUUUGUACGAGUGAAACACGCAGACCAGAGUCCAUUGAGCACAGCAUUCUGGAUAUUCUUGAUUCUCCCACUAAUGAGUCCAAAUCUCUCCUCUCUACAACCACAAGUCAGAGGGUGACAGAACUUUUCGAAAUAAUUGAAAAGCUUCAGGGAAGCCGACUAGAUGAGCAGCGUUGUGAAUUUCCUCCACCGCUGAAGCUUCUGAGGAUAAGCGGCAGCCUCCCAUUGAUUCUGCCCCCAAAAUCAGGGGGCUACUGGAUAGAUCCACCUUUGGAAAAGUUUGUCGAAACCAGCCCCACCUCUUCCAUCGCUGGCUGUGGGAUAGAGAGCUAUGACAUCAUGGAAAGAGACAGUGAAGCAAAAAUUUACAGGGAAUUCUUCAGAUCCAAAUACCAUCACUCAUUCACAGCAGUAGACCCUUCUUUGGGAUCCCUUGUUCUGUCAGUUUGCUUGGAGGAGGAGGAGAAACGACUCCGAGCCAUACUGAGAAUGAAAGAGUGUACUCUGCAUGGCGUUUUCUCUCUCUCUCUCUUCUCACAGUUCCCUUCUGCUGUUGAGCUUGCAAAGAUGCUGUGUGACACCGUGACAGUGUCCACAUUUGAAUCAGUCAGUUACCUUAAAGCUCCAGAGCUCAUCACUGCUUUUGAUGAGCACAGAGUGUCACAGAAUUUCAAAUUCGGUGUUCUAUACCAGAAAGAGGGUCAGCUGACAGAGGAAGAUAUACUUAGUAACAAUGAAGAAAGUGAAGAGUUUAAAGAUUUUCUGUCGAUUCUGGGGGAAACAGUGAAACUACAGGGCUUCACUGGGUUCAGAGGUGGUUUGGAUGUGUGCCACGGUCAGACAGGAAGUGAUGCGGUAGUCACGUCAUUCUGUGAGAGAGAAAUAAUGUUUCAUGUCGCCACCAAAUUACCCUUCACAGAGGGUGAUACACAGCAACUGCAGAGGAAAAGGCACAUUGGAAAUGACAUUGUGGCAUUGGUUUACCAGGAAGGUCCUGCCCCAUUUAUCUCUGACAUCAUCAGCUCUCACUUCCUGCACUGUUUCAUUGUUGUCAGGCGUGUGUCAAGAGGGGGUGGCAAUGAGGAGGGUAAAAAUGGAGCGUACCAGGUGUCAAUCACAGCAAGAGAGGACGUGCCUCCAUUUGGCCCUGCCCUCCCAGAUCCACCGAUAUUCACAGAGAGGUCCCAGUUCAGAGAAUUUCUUUUGACCAAGCUUAUCAAUGCAGAGAUUUCCUGCUAUAAGGCUGAACGAUUCAGCAGAUUAGAGCUUCGUACUCGUUCAUCACUCCUGGAGGGAUUGAGGUCAGAACUAUCAUCUCGAUCCCAGUGCAUGCUGGGAGGGCCGACACCUCCCACCCUCUCUCUCUCUGAGGGUGUUAGGAGUGGAUCAGAAGGAGGUGGUGGAUUCAUUGAAAACUUUAAGAGGGCAAUAAGAGUGCGCAGUCACUCUUUUGACACACUGGGGGUUCCCAGGAAGGCCGGAGGGGGUGGGGCACCACAAAAGCUUAGAACAUCAUCUGGAGCAGAAAAAGAAGGAGAAAGUGAAUCAACCUACAAGCAACUGGGACCGAAUGACAGCCUCACCUCUGGAGAUGUCAAAGGACAAGGCAGUCCACAAGAGGAUGAAUAG